CCUUAUUUUAACAGUACCCAUAUUGAUAAAUCUCUGCAGGGAAAACUUUAAGAGAAAUUAACAAAGUUUCCGUUUCUAACUCGCACUCUAUAUAGGGAGGGUGUUCGUAAUUACUCUAGGGAGCCACCUUAAGACCUGAAUAUAUUUAAUCCGCGAUAUACAUAAUUACUUUUUCUGUUUCUUCUCGACAGCUUGUUAAACGAGGUUGAAAAUGUUAAUUUUAUUCUCCUUGCGGAAAAGUCCUUCAGCAAGUUUCGGAAAAGGAACCCAUGCAGUGUUGGGAAACCCGAAAAGUACAAAUAUUGCAGCUGCGAUGUAAAUUGAUAGCAACCAUUUCUUGGCGAUUGUAACUUGAGAUGGUUUCUUUAAAGCUCUAAUCUACGUUUUUCGCAUCUACGUAGUUCAUUGUACAAUUUUCUAGUCGCUGUUUUAAUACCUGGACAAUUGUGUCGUCAUUUUUAUCGUAACCCAAAAAAGCACGCUAACCUAGCCAGCGAGGCACAGAGGAUAUAACAAUAGUUAAGUUGCUAAUGGAGUAAACAGCAGGCUGUAUUGCACGUGCGUUGCAAUUCAUGAUAUAUCAGCAGUCCUUCUUAUGUCAAAUCUACACAAUAUUAAGUCAAAACUGAAUUAUAUCUUAGGGAUAAAAUAAUCAAGGCAUUCUCCAAAUGAAAAGAAACACGUUAUUAGCCCGCCGUAACUCUUCCGUUCACAAUUUUAAUUCGCCUUUUAGGAUGAAUAUUGCUUAUUAAUGUCACGCUACGAUUUCCCAUUUACCUAAAGAGGUUUUUCCUGAAGAGAUUUUUAAAUUUGAAUUAAAUUUAAGAACUCUGAAUUAAAUUUCUAAAUUCAAAAUUCAAAAUUCUCGGCAAUUCUUUAAUAUUUAUCUCCAGGUUCCACGGUUUGUCAGCUAUUUUGUGUGUUUGUGUUCUUGGCUCCGAUGAUUGAAACUGUACAAACUUCAAUAACAAAAACGAAAACAAACUAGAAACAAAAGAACAAAGGCUGGACAAUUUGCCAAUUUUACGACGUAAGUCAUAAUCAGUAGAGGAAAGAGGUGUCAGGGUUAGACGUCAUAUAUAGUUCAGCUUGAAGCACUGAAGUUUCACUCACCAUUUUGUGGAAUAUUUGGGACCCUACCAAAGCACUGAAUAUUGGUGAGGUAUUAUUUCCGUUCUCAGCAAAGAGCUUAUUCAAUUGGACCUGCACUGAAUCGGGCGUUACUUCCUGCUGCAUUUUCAUAGUACUGUUCGGUUUUAAUUCAACGACUCAUGGAUACCACAACACAGCUGACCAACCAGUCACCAACGACGAGUGACUCGUUUUGGGAUUUGAACAGCAUGACAAUUCUAGACGAAUACAGCUGCAAACCGUUCCAAAGCGACACCAGUGUAAACAAUGAUCAUAAUGAUCAUUAUUUAUUUAAGACCUGAAUAAAUUUAACCCCUUGACAUAUAUAAUUACUUUUUCUCUUUCUUCUCGACAGCUUGUUAAACGAGAAUGAAAAGGUUAAUUUUAUCCUCCUUGCGGAAAAGUCCUUCAGCAAGUUUCGGAAAAGGGACCCACACGCAGUGUCGAGAAACCCGAAAAGUACAAAUAUUGCAGCUGCGAUGUAAAUUGAUAGCAACCAUUUCUUGGCGAUUGUAACUUGGUUCUCCAACGAAAAAUCUCUUGAGACGGUUACCUUAAAGCUCUAAUCUACGUUUUUCGCACCUACGUAGCUCAUUGUAUAAUUUUCUAGUCGCUGUUUUAAUACCUCGACAAUUGUCUCGUCAUUUUUAUCUUAACCUCAAAAAACACGGUAGCCUAGCCAGCGAGGCACAGAGGAUACAAAAAAUAGUACAGUUAAGUCGCUAAUGGAGUAAACAACAGGCGGUAUUGCACGUGCGUUGCAAUUCAUGAUAUAUCAGCAGUCCUUCUUAUGUCAAAUCUACACAAUAUUAAAAUAGUAAGUCAAACUGAAUGAUAUCUUAGCAAUAGAGUAAUCGAUGCGUUUUUCAAAUGAAAAGAAACACGUUAUUAGCCCGCUGUACAGGCUUCCGCUCACAAUUUAAUUCGUCUUUUAGGAUAAAUAUUGCUUAUUAAUGUCACGCUACAAUUUCCCAUUAUUGUUUACCUGUAGAGGUUUUUCCUGAAGAGAUUUUUAAAUUUGAAUUAAAUUUAAGAAUUCUGAAUUAAAUUUCUAAAUUCAAAAUUAAAAAUUCUCGGCAAUUCUCCGAGUAAUAUUUAUCUCUAGGUUCCACGGUUUGUCAGCUAUUUUGUGUGUUUGUGUUCUUGGCUCCGAUGAUUGAAACAACUGAACAAACUUAAAUAACAAAAAAGUAAUCAAGCCAAAAAACGAAAAAAAGGCUGGACAAUUUGCCAAUGUUAUGACGCAAGUCAUAAUCAGUAGAGGAAAGAGGAGUCAGGGUUAGACGUCAUAUAUAGUUCAGCUUGAAGCACUGAAGUUUCACUCACCAUUUUGUCGAAUACUUGGGGCCCUACCAAAGCACUGAAUAUUGGUGAGAUAAUAUUGCCGUUUUCAGCAAAGAGCUUAUUCUGUUGGAGCUGCACUGAAUUGUGUGUCACUUCCUGCCUGCAUUUUCAUAAUACUGUUCGGUUCUAAUUCAACGACUCAUGGAUACCACAACACAGCUGACCAACCAGUCACCUACAACGAGUGGUUCGUCUUUGAACAGCACGACCAUUUUAGACGAAUACAGCUGCAAACCGUUCCAAAGCGACACCAGUGUAAGCAAAGAAGUUAAAAUAUUCUUUUACUGCGUCCUCCUGCUGGUUUCAGUCCUUGGGAACUCUUUGCUCAUUGCUAUCAUUACGAGGAGCAAGGGAAUGAAAACCAUUACCAAUUAUCUCAUCGCCAAUAUGGCAGUUUCAGAUAUUCUAAUAACAGUCUUGGCUGUACCGAGGCAGAUAACAGAAAUAUUGCUUGGACCUCGCAGAUGGUUAAUUAACGGGCUGUUGGGUUCAGUUCUCUGUAAAAGUGCUCACUUUUUUCAAGACAUCACAAUUGGCGUCUCAAUUCUGAGUCUUUUAGCUAUAGCUAUCGACAGGUAUAGAGGAAUUGUGUUCCCUCUGCGUAAACAGUUUAGGAAGCCGGCUAAACUCUGUAAAAUCAUCGUACCGACAAUAUGGCUCACAUCGAUGGGUCUGCAAGCAAUUUACUUCUACAUUUUUAGGAUAGUGACGGUUGAUAGCAAAACGUACUGCGCAAUAAGCUGGGCUCCCAGAUUCGAUCAAAAGAAAUCUCAGGAAGCGCAUUUUCUUGUAAUAUUCGUCUGUCUGAUCGCUAUCCCAACAUGUGCAGUUACAUUUCUAUAUUCUGCCGUUAUUCUGAAUUUGAACAGAAGUAGACAUACGAGAGGCCAGGGCCCUUCACGAUACAUGAUGUCUGAGAGAUUAAGAGAAGACAAGAAAGUGGUAAGAAUCAUCAUUGCAAUACUCGUGGCUUUCAUCGUCUGUGUAAUGCCCUUCAACGUCUACGCCAUUCUGUUUUAUUUCGUCUGGGAUUGGAAGAUGCCUUGCGGCAUGGAGAACUUUGCGUUUUCUGCGUUUUUUAUUUUGUACUCCAACGCGUCGAUAAAUCCAUGUAUUUAUUUCAUCUUGAAUGAUAAGUACCGCCAAGGUUUCCUAAAAAUUUUAAAGGCGUUUCCUUGUGUCAGGAAGAAGGCGGCUAAAUCAACAGAAAAUUUCGCAUUAGUGCGGCUGAAAAACUCUUCAGCCUCCAGUGGGUUUAGCAGUCAGUCUUCUUGGGCGCUUUGAAGGAAGCUUUCAUUGCUAAAAACUACUGGAUAAGAUAUACAGAUGAUUUAAGUUUUUGUCCUAGAAAACUAUGAUUUUGGAACAUAUUUUACAUCGCCGAUCGCCAGAAGGAAGACUACUCGAAACCCGUGAGGAGAGAAACAUGAGCAAUGUUUUCUUGUUAUGAGUAUCAAACAAGAAAUAUUCUACUGUAUCGUUCUUUUGGCACGUUCAUGCAACAUAGCACGUUCUGAAUUAAAAAUACAAUUCUUGAACUAUUAUUGAAUAUUUAAGUUAUCUAUACAUGUGUAUGGAUAUCAUUCUUAGGAUACAAAAAACACAACGAUGUCGAUCUGCAAAAAAUCACACUUGUAUGCUAUGAAAGAAAAAUGAAGAAAAUGUUCACUAGUGACGUUGAUCAGAAAUGUCACCGGAAACCGGCAAUAUUUGUACUUAAAAAUAUUGAAGGACCGUAGCCAGGGUUGAGCAUAAUAAAAAUUUAAAAACGAUCUCUGGCUAAAAAUAUUUUACAGAUAUACGAGCUUUCGACUGUUAGAUCUACAGUCUUCAACGGAUAAAGAUGAACGACGAAAUAUGAAUAUAAAUGAGUAAAAAUAAAGAGAAUGGACUAUGUAAAUUAAUCAAGAAUGCGUGUAAAAAGAAUGUUGUAUUGCCCAGGGAAUGGGCAGGAAUUGUUGACAGCAUUUGGAGUCACCAUAGUAUGCCACGAUUCUAAUGUUUUUCUUAUUCGGAAACUGCCUUUGUCAAUUAAGGAGGCGUUGUUUAAGUCAAUAGAAUGUUCAUGGGACCACGCAUGGUUCGCAAUUUUGGAGCCUUUAGCCGCUGUUUUGACAUUUCUUAUGUGUUCCUUUCUUAGGGUGUUAAACGCACAUUCAUGAUUAAUUUACAUAGUCCAUUCUCUUUAUUUUUACUCAUUUAUAUUCAUAUUUCGUCAUUCAUCAUUACCCGUUGAAGACUGUAGAUCUAACAGUCGAAAGCUCGUAUGUCUGUAAACAUUUUUAGCCAGAGAUCGUUUUUAAAUUGUUAUUAAUAUUUGUACUACUCCAUGAGAAACAUAUGUGAAGUAAGAUAUUAAUCGCAAUAUCAUACAUGCGUCAAUUACAUACAUGUAUGCACUCUGUUUACGGAUAACGUCUCUUGGUAUAACAAUAAAGCUAAGAUGAUUUGAGGUCCAUUUUUUGCUUUUGAAUAAUAGCAGUCUGAGAUCAAAUGCGCUAACAGCUGCAUGAGUGUUUUAAGUUGCAGCUGAGCCACUGAAGAUGUAUGUUCAAUUCGUUUCUUUAGCGGUCUACAGACUUGCACGUAUAUAAAUUUCGGUGGUAGCAUAAGGGAAUUGGAUAUACGAUGUUUUGUACAAACGUCAUUCAUUACUCAAACUUUCAUUUCUUUAAGUAAAACUGUUUACACAACUUAAAAAAAAAAAUUAUCACGAAUUUUCUGCAGCUCACCCCUAGCAUCUUUGUUUUACAGUAUUGUUAUGCAAAUCUAGAAUUAUAUCUGAAAGAUAUGCAGUUAAUAAAAGCCAACUUAAACUGGUAAUUUAAAUUCUCCUUCUGAUAUCCUUCGGUGUUUUUCGAUAUCCCCGACUUUAUCGCCAGUUGGAA